CGCGCAGUGAAACGUUGGCAGUCGCGUUAGCAAUGACCGGGGGGACCGAUAGAUUUGUCGGACCGGAACCGGAUGUGGGAGAAUAUGUUUUGAACUGAACCAAAAAAAAAAGUCAACAUCGCAAACAAGCUGUGAAAGCGAGUCAACUUGGAACAACCUGAGAGGUCGGCACAGUAUUGCAUCUUUCUGCUGCUUGAAUGCCUGCGUGAGAAACAUUUCCUUCAGCAAAUAAACAAUCAGGAGAACUGACUGAACAUCCGCUAACUUUUGCGCCAUGAAUCCAUCCAAUCCGUUUGGUAGUUCACAAGGUGGAGCCUUCCAAGCCCCGAGCAACACUCUGAACACUGGUUUGUUCCAGCCAUUUGGACAGCAAAGUUCUAGCAAUCAACCCCACACUAUGGGGUUUUAUCAACCAUCAGCCUUCGGACAGCCGUCUGUCCUGAAUCAGCCCCCACCUCAUGGGAACACCAUCUUUGGACAGGCCCCUGCCUUUGGACAGUCCUCUACACAGGCCCCCUCGUUACCUACAAUAAGCCAGGCUCCAGCAUUUGGACAGACCUCAAUAGGAAUGAGUAGCUCAGGCUUUGGUAGUAGCACCGCACCAGCUUUUGGACAGACUAGUGGGUCAAACCAGAGUUCAGUCUUUGGGCAGACGCCUGCAUUCGGACAGCCUUCGGCAUUUGGACAGGCCCCGGGAUUCGGCCAGCAGGCCCCAGGAUUUGGCGAACAGCCACCAGCGUUUGGCCAACAGCCUACUGGGUUUGGAAACUCCCAGAUGACUUCUGGCUCCACCGCUGCCUUAGGGCAACCUCAGCCACUGGGUUUUGGACCGUCUGUGUUUGGACAGCCAGCAUCUACCAGUGUCACCACCAGUGUAUUUGGCACAGCUCAGAGUGUGACCCAGAGCAGGGGCUUUGGAACAUCCAAGUUCAGUUUCAAGCCGGCCAAUGAGGCACUGUUCAAACCCAUCUUCAGUGCCAGCCCUGAGCCCGCUAACCCUCAAACUACUUCAAUGUCCAGCUCACCUUUUGGCAGCAGUGGGUCCCAGACAGGCUUCAGCACCAUGAGUAGCAACACCACCACCACCACCACCACUGGCUUCUCUUUACUGACUGGGGGUAAGUCGCUGGGCUUCAGCUUCUCACAGCCGGCAGCAGCCGCCUCUAUUUCUUCCCAGAACAAUCCGCUAACAACUGGCAGUAGCAGCAGUCCUUCCAACACUCUGCAGUUCACCUUUUCCCAGCCAGCCGCCCCCUCCAGCUCUAGUACUAAUGCAUCCACCACCCAGCCCACCACCCCGUCAUCUUUCAGUUUUUCAACCAAAGCCCCCCCGCCCCAGACCAAAUCCAUUUUUGGAAGAACCAGUUUUGGUCAGCCCUCAGCUUUUGGUGACACCAAAGCUAAAGCAGAGACUAGUACAGACGAGAAAGGGAGCAACGUUGAGGGCCUAGGAGGCACAAAUGCAUUUGCACGAUUUAGCAAAGGCACCAAGCGCAAGGAAGAUCCAGCGGGCCCCAGCACUGGCCCAGAGAAGCCUGCCAUAGAGGAGGAUGUUCCAGGAGAAGCAGAUUCACCAAGACAUCCCUCUAAGAGGCCCCUAAUGAGGUCCCGUGGCCCACCAGGAGGCUUAUUCGGGAGGGCCCUGAACAGUCUUCUUAGAGAUGGCACUAACCCAGUGAGGCGAGAGGCCACAAGGGAGACUCAGCAGCAAGCAUCGACGUGGGAGGAGACGGAGAAGGACAACGCCCAAGCUCAGGGUGACAGCCUACCGGCUACACCGCCCACUGCACUGACCAGGGAUGUGCUGGAGAAAGCUGAAGAGUCAGACGCGGCAAAAGCCCCGGACGCGAAGCUGGAGAUCACAACCCCAGUGAAACGCGGGGUACGCAGGGAGAGCUCGGAGAGCCUGAGCGGCAUGUCUCCCACAGACUGCACCACCAUCCAGUGCAGGAAUGUGCCUCCAGCCCUCAACAAGAAGGACACGAUCGGGAAGCACUUUGGUCGCUUCGGCAAAGUUCGUAAGAUCUUCUGCCGGCCUGCCAAGAACCUGGCCAUAGUUCACUUCGAUCACCAUGCGUCUGCGGCUAAGGCAAAGAAGAAAGGCAAAGUCCUGCAUCGACAUGAACUCCUUAUCCUGUGGCAGAAAAAGAAGCAGAGUCCAGGUGACAAAGCGAGCAGACCUGAAGAAGGAAAGGAUGAGGCAGAGGGAGAAAGUCAGGAGGACACAGAGUCCAAGGCUGCUUCCUCCCCACUCAGAAGACCCGCACUCAGAGCACCUGCAGUCAGCAGCACGGGGACCUUCAGCCGCGGCUCUCCGGUGAAGAAGUCGUCUUUAGCCAAGGCUCUGCAGUUUGACACUGAACCCCAGAAAGAGGGCAGCGCGGAGGCCCAGAGCUCAGAGCGCCCUGUCCCCUCCUCCCUCCUGCACCUCAUUGGCCAGGUGGCUGAGACCGCUGAGGACAAGUACCGCCUCCUGGAGCAGAGGGACAAGAUCCUGCGUCAAGGUCGGCCCAAGAGGACGGACCUGGUUCUGUCUAAGGUGUUUGUGGGGACGUGUCCUGACAUGUGUCCAGAGAAGGAGAGGUACAUGAGGGAAACACGGAAGCAGCUGAGCGUAUUCGAGGUCAUCCCAGAUACUGAGAUGGUGGACCACACAGCUGCCAUCAAGGAGUACAGCCGAUCAUCUGCCGACCAGGAGGAGCCCCUACCCCACGAGUUGCGCCCCCUUCCUGUGCUCAGCAUGACCAUGGACUAUCUGGUGACUCAGAUCAUGGACCAGGUCCUGGUAGUAGACAACUACCGGGACUGGUACGACUUUGUGUGGAACAGGACCCGCGGCAUCCGCAAGGACAUCAUCCAGCAGCACCUGUGCUGCCCGCACACGGUGUCGCUGAUAGAGAAGUGCACACGCUUCCAUGUGCAUUGCGCUCACCACCUCUGCCAGGAGCAUAUCUCUGCUUUCGACGCCAAGAUCAACAACGAGAACAUGACAAAGUGCCUCCAGAGUCUCAAAGAAAUGUACCAGGACCUGGCCACGCGUCACAUCUACUGCUCCCGAGAGGCAGAGUUUCGUCAGUACAGCGUGCUGCUAAAACUCAACGACGGUGACAUCCUACGUGAGGUGCAGCAGUUCCGCGACGAGGUGCGCAAUUCCCCCGAGGUGAAGUUUGCCGUGCAAGCAUUCACUGCAGUCAACAGCAACAACUUUGUGCGCUUCUUCAAGCUGGUGAAAGGAGCCUCGUACCUCGCCAGCUGCCUCCUGCACAGAUACUUCAAUCAGGUCAGAGCUAAGGCCUUGAAGAGCUUGAACAUGGCCCACACCGUGGGUCCACGGUCAACUGCGUUUCCAGUUGAGGACGUAGUUCGGAUGUUAAUGUUCCCAAACGCUGCAGAGGCAACUGACUUCAUCCAGCAGUACGGCCUCAAUGUCAACGAUGGUGUGGUUGAGCUGAGCCGGAUAGCCUAUCAGGAACCAGACCUGCCUCUGUCCCAGAAGAAGUCAGAUGUCAUCCUCGCAAAGAAAACGAUGUUGAUCGGAGAGGUGGUGAACGGAGGCCCCCUUCCUAACCCUGUCCAGCACGCCCCUGUCUGCAGCUUUGACUCCCAGAACAAGUACCGUGGAGAAGGCGCUCUGGCUGAGCCCACUUCAAGCCAGUUCAACGCUGUUGCUGCCAGGGUGGAGGUUAAGGCACCACCCAGCACUGAGGUGCUGCCACCGGCCGUAGACGUGCCCGGUGCGUUUGGGUGUCCUCCAGCUGUCACAGAUGAGACAGGAGAGCCGUACCGCAGCUCGUCCCGCCCAGCAAACGCCCAGCUGUUCCAGCCGAUGCCUCAGCCUGUGAAGCCGCCAUCACCUCCACCCAAACCUCAGCCGGCGUACAGCAAUGAGGACGUUGUGGCUGUGCUAGACAGUGUGAUUGAAGAGGUGGUUGAAGCAGCAGUGAAGGAGCUGGCAGAUGAUGGAGCCAGCUAUGCAGCUACAGCUCUUGCGGAGAGCAGCGUGCAGGCGGAGUCACUGGUGAGUGAGGUGUUGGGACGCAUGCUGCAGGAGGUGUCCUCCUCCGAGAUCAAGCUGGAACAGGAGCGUGUCGCUGAAGAGAAACGCAAGCUCGAAGAAGCCAGGAGGAGGCAGGAGCACGAGGCCUUCCUGGUUCAGUUCAGCUUCUCCAUCUGCUCUGAGAUCAUCCAAGAAGUUUUAGAUGAGGCCAUCAAGGAGACCGCCACCUCUGAAAUCCAGCGGGCAGUGAAUGAGAAAGCAGACCGUGUGGCUAAAUGCACAGAGCAGGUCUGUAGCAGGCUAGUCGAGGAGACUUUGAAUGCGGACAUCGCUCUGUUGGUUGAAGACGUCCUUGAAGCUGAGCUGCAGCGCAUCCACAAGUACAUCAAAAGGUGGCGUGAUGUGGUAGCAGUGCGUCGGCAGCUGAAGAGACAGAUGAGAGGUUUCCCUGCGGCUCCUUGCUGUGUGGACCCUCGAUUCAAACUGAAGGCUCUGGCCCCCAGCGCCCCUGCGCAGCCCUCCAUGGCAGAUCUGGCCCGUGGUCUGGUCAACCUGGGAAACGCCGGCACGCUGGCCCUCUCCAGCACCAGGUUGUUGAAAAUGAGAGAAGAAGUGAUCCACCAGAUGAGAGUCCACUACUACUAUCAGCAGCUGCUCGAUGAGAGCGUGUGGGCGCCACUCGACCUGCCAGCACUGGCGACAGAAAAUAUCUCCGACCCACCUGACCGAAUCUUCUGGAAGGCUGUUCUCCUCUUGCCUAGCGACCACGAGAGUGUAGCCAGCCUGGCGGACAGGAUCCUGUCAGACUGGCUGGAGGCGAAGUUUGGUGGUGGCAAUUGGGCGGGCGGCGAGGAGCAGCCAGAUGGCGCACUACAGACGGUCUGUGUCACCAACACGCUGCAGGAUAAAGGACAACACACUCACAAAGUCCACAUCAGCGUCAAGGCGUCCCGAGGUCCUCUGACCGAAGACAGCAUGUCCAAAAUGGAGGAGUGCUGUGAGCUCCACGGAACAGGAGCUCUGAUCACGUUGCUCCCCGCCAUGCCCAUCCUCGAGCCCGGGCACGAGGAGCCGGAUGUGCCCCUGCUGUCAGCCCUGCUGCAGCUCAAACAGCUGCAGCAAGCCAGCACCUGGCACUGCCCGCUGCCUCUGGUCGUUCUGGUGCCGGGGCCCGACGGUGACGCACAGAAACUUGAAGAAGCACUGAUGCUGCACACACUGGUGAAGGAAGGCCUGAUAUCGGAGUACACGUUCUUCUUCAUACCAGAAACCACAAGUGACCUAAAGGGAUCCAAACAGCUGAGCCAGGCUAUGCGUUGGCUGCUGGCCCGUGCUCCACCACCCUUCCCGCUCUCCUGCCAGACCCUGGUGCAGCUCGUGGAGGCCAGCUUGAGUUGUGAGUUCAGUCCCAGAGUUUACGCCCACCGCCAGGACAGGGCCGCUGCACGUCGCCCCUCCCAGGAGCCUGCGCCUGUCAUCCGGCUGUACAACGCCGUCCUGGCUCACAUUGCUGACAAAGUGUCGUCCCAGGAGCUCAGCAGACUCUCGUGGCCGCCGGGGGAGUUCUGCCAGCCUGAUAUGCGUGAGUUUGUCCCUCAUCCGGGCUGGAACUCCACCCAGCAGCUGGCCUGGCUGCGCGCAGCCAUCCUCAGCCUACAGCUGCCGCAGUGGGAGCAGCCAUCGUCCACAGACUCGUGGUCUGAGCUCUGCUCCUCCAUCUUUCGCUACGCUGCUCGGAUCCCAGUCUCUCGCCGCAGUCAGCCUCUUCUAAUGUCACGCCUGGAAAACCUUCUGGAACGGGUCAGGCUGAAGGGUCACCGUACCCAAACCCCCGGAUCCAGGGUAACCAUGAGCGACUGGGGCGACGGAGACGAGGAAACGUGGCCAGCAUUCAGUCAGAUUCCUUGGGACGACAUUCUGGUGAUUUGCAUAGACCACAAGCUGAAAGACUGGCAGAUCCCUGCACCUGUCUGCGAAGAUGCUGUGACAGAGGAUGGGGAGAUCCUGGUGUACUUCCCCACAGAGUCACUGAAGGGUUUCCAGCCACCUGAGGAAUGGACCCAGGCCAUCAGACAAACCCACAGGGAGAAACAGGAAGAGAAGGAAGGGGCGAGUGCAGCAGCUUGUGCCACGCCCACCGGUUUGUCCUUCAGGCAGAGGUUAUUCCACAGUGUGAUGGGGCCCCUGGAGGCCCCGACAGCCCCGAUAGACAUCACACACACUCCCACAGCACAAGAGCUGCUGGCCCACAGAGUCCUCCAGAGCUUAGAGGAGGAGAAGGCCGAAAGCAAAAGGAGCAUGGAGCAGCUUCAGCGUUGGCUGGACGGCGACCCCUUGGACCACUUGUCCACACCGCUUUUCAUUCCAUCGUCCACUCUGUUGUCCAUGCCCACAACCAUAAUCCACGCGCCCACAGCCAAGACUCGAGAUGCCCCUCUCACACAGGAGCCGGAGCCUGAUGAUCUGUCGGACAAAGCAGACUGGCCUAAAACGACGCCUGUAUCUGUGGAGUGGCGGCUGAAGGAGCUGGAGCGACAGAUUUUGGCGAGCCAAGAGGAAGAAUUGGCCUGCAGGCUGAAGCUGAGCGGUCUGCUGAGCAUUGUUGACGACUGAUGAACUUCUUUUAACAAAUGACUCUGCAGCUGUGCACUAAGGACAAACAGGCGUUCUGCCUGCAGCGAGAGACUCCUGUCAUUUAUUUGCUGAGCUCAUACUGAGUUCACUCUGUUGUGAAUUUCUCAUCUUUUAGUCUGUUGAGGUCGGAUUGAUUGAUUGUAACAGUGUGUGUCUUGUUUAGUUUUUUUAUAUUAAAGUCUGGGUUUGUACAAUAGGAAAAGAAAAUCAAGAUUCUUACUCUUGGUUUAAUUUUGUACCAUUUAUUUUGCAUUUAAACCUUGAAAAUAUUUGUUACAGCUAAUAGUGUCUGACUGUGUUUUUAUUUUACUGUUGAAUCGUCUGACAGCUAAAUAUUGAAUAAAAGUAUUUUUAAAGUAAA